CACCAGUUGCUCUCCACCCGUCAGCCUAUUACCACAAGCCCCAAAAGAUAGAUAGGGAGAGAGAAAAAAAGUGAGCGUGUAUCAGAGACAGAGGGUCAGCCUGAGAUAAACAGAGAGAGAGCGAGAGAGAGACACACACAGUUAGUUAAUUUUGGCAUGCCUGCAAACUCCACCAACAUGAGGCUGAAGUUUCCCAUCCUGGCUCUGACUCUGGAGAUUAUCACCAUCAUCCUGUUUGCUGUGUUUGUGGACUACGAUGAUGGGAAACACGGGGGGCACGGAGCCCACAACACCACACACCACGAGGAGAAGACGGAACAGGAUCCUCUGACCCUUUAUCCCAUGUUCCAGGAUGUCCACGUUAUGAUCUUCAUUGGCUUCGGCUUCCUGAUGACCUUUCUGAAGAGAUAUGGCUUCAGCAGCGUGGGCCUCAACCUGCUCCUGGCCGCCUUUGCUCUGCAGUGGGGUCUAAUCAUGCAAGGCCUCUGGCACCUGGACGACGGCAAGAUCAAAGUCUCCAUCUUCAAGAUGAUCAACGCAGAUUUCAGCACAGCCACGGUUCUGAUCUCGUUCGGGGCAGUGCUGGGUAAAACCAGUCCCGUCCAGCUCCUCAUCAUGACCAUCCUGGAGAUCACCAUCUUCAGCAUCAACGAACAUCUGGUGGCCGAAAUCCUGGAGGCCAAUGAUGUUGGGGCCUCCAUGAUUAUCCAUGCCUUUGGGGCGUACUUCGGUCUCGCAGUGGCCCGCAUGCUGUACCGGCCAGCUCUGAGGAAUGGCCAUGAGAACAAUGGCUCUGUUUACCACUCUGACCUCUUCGCCAUGAUCGGUACCGUGUUUCUCUGGAUGUUCUGGCCCAGUUUCAACUCUGCCAUCGCUGAACCUGGCACUGAUCAGCUCAUGGCGGUGACCAACACCUACUUCUCCCUGGCUGCCUGUGUACUCUCUGCCUACGCUGUCUCCAGCCUGGUGGAGCACAAAGGGAAACUGGACAUGGUCCACAUCCAGAAUGCCACUCUGGCCGGAGGUGUUGCCGUGGGAACCUGCGCUGACAUGGACAUCGGCCCUUUUGGUGCCAUGAUCAUCGGGUUCGUGGCUGGCAUCGUCUCCACCCUGGGCUUCAAGUUCCUCACUCCAAUCCUGGCAUCCAACCUGGGCAUCCAGGACACCUGUGGUGUCCACAAUCUGCACGGCAUGCCUGGCAUCCUCGGGGGUAUCGCUGGCAUUGUGGCUGUCGCUCUGGGCAAGAAGAACGGGAGUGCUGCCAUGCAGGGUGCAGCCCUGGCCUCAUCCCUUGGGUUCGCUUUGGUUGGAGGAACUAUUACAGGUCUGAUAAUGAAGCUUCCAUUCUGGGGACAGCCUCCAGAUCAGAACUGCUUUGAUGAUUCAAUCUAUUGGGAGGUUCCUGAGGAGGAGGAGGAGGAGGAGGAGGGCGAGGAGAGCCUGGCUCACGGAAACCAAAAAGCAGAGGCGUAAAGCUCCCACUCUUUGCUGCACAUUCACGACCUACAACCCUCUGAGCUAGAGAUGGGAAAGUGAGGAAUCAUGAACCACACAUUAGACAUUGGGUGUACUCUAUCUCAAUAGUUUUAACUGGCUUCCUCUCCUUGUGUCACCUCUCCUUCAUCUAAUUGGUAGAUCCCUACCAGGACUUCAUGCGUCACCCGUCUAAUUUCUUGACCAUCAGUGCAGAGGACGUAAAGGAGAGAAGCUAUGUUGUACUAUUGAAUUCAACCCAGGAUGGCCAAUGCUGUGAAAUUGUCAGUUAUUUUCAACUACUGCAUAAAUAAUUAGAUUGACAUGAGACAAAUUGAGAUCAUAUCGUGAUUCAUGCUACCUUAUUAAGACAUCUCUAAAUCAACUCGAUCAGCAGGGAAAUGUUAGCCUAUGUUGCACUUUUCUGUGUAACCAAACUAGGUCCUGAUUGUCCAUAGAUUUGUACUAAAUAUUUUAAUCUUCAAUUGAAAAGAGUAGGUCCACUGAAGAGCAUUUGGGAAACAUGUCAUAGCUCAUUAUAAUUUCAACUAAAGUGUAAGAGGUGGGUGUGUUACAAUGCAAUUGAAAUAAUAUUGUAAAGAUUUUCUUUUCUUAAAUGAAUCAUGUUUACAGAAACUCAUUUCAAACAACAUGCUUGCAGUGCUUUGGAUGUGUUAGUCUGAAAAUGUAUUUAAAUUAAGCAGCAUUUUGAUAUAAAUGAUCCUGAAUAAGUUGCAUUGACACAUUAACUGUUCUUUCACACAAUUGGAGGAAAGAUACUUUCAGGGAUUCGUUUUUUACACUGAAUUUGAUGACCACCGUUCUGAGCCAUUAUAAAGUGUAUAGAAAUAGUAGAAACAGUAUAUCAAGCUGACAAUAUCACCAAUUGUCUCACAUGUUUUGUGACGCUAUCGAAAUGUUAACAGACAUCUGUUUUGCCUCAUUAGUUAGGGCUAUACAUUGUAUGUUUUUCUCAACGCGUCUUUUUAUGUCGCCAUCCAACUGACAUAGCCGAUAUUGUGUGCUAGGCCUUGUUUAAUGAAUAAAAUCAACUGCUACUUUAGCCUGCUGCAGAGCUAGGCCGCGUGACUGGAGCUCCCUACUCCUACUGGAGAGAAUCUGAUACCAGACCAGGUGGCAAUGUUUAGGCAGUAGCUAAGGGCCGGGAUUUAUCAAGCGUCUCAGAGUGGGGUUGCUGAUCUUGGAUCAGUUUUACCUUUCUAGAUCAGCACUCCUGAGACGCUUUAUAAACACGGGCACAGGUCUCACGGGGAAUGGAGCUGGGCCAAAAUGGGUUCUGCAUUAAGCUACUCCCUGUGUGCAUCCAAAUACUCUUAAGGUUCCCCUUCUUCUACCCCAGUAUCCUCACUGCUAAAGUGGAGUUGAGUGUCUUUGAUUUUCAUUUCACCGUCUAAGUUUUUUCAAAUACAGAAAGUCAAUUGAAAUCUGACAUGUCCAAUUAAAAACCGGAUAGUCUACAUGUCACAUGGAUUCAGAAUAAAUGGGGCAUGAGAAAGAAAGCCACUGAGAGAUUUAGGAUACAUAAGCUUUCUUUAUUUCUUUCACUUCUUAUUGUAACCUCUUAAUGCUAGUUACAUAAUGGAUAUAGUCAGUUUCUCUAAAUCCCUGCACCUAGGACUAACAAUUGGUACUUAGUGAUUCAGAUUACAAGUAUGUAUUUAUACACUGAGUGUACAAAACAUUAAGAACACUUUCAUCAUAUUGAGUUGCACCCCCCCUUUCCCUCAGAAUAGCCUCAAUUUGUUGGGUCAUGGACUCUACAAGGUGUCGAAAGCGUUCCACAGGGAUGCUGGUCCAUGUUGACUCCAAUGCUUGACACCAAAGGUGUUCAAUGGGGUUGAGGUCAGGGCUCUGUGCAGGCCAGUUAAGUUCUUCCACACCAAUCUCGACCAACCACUUCUGUAUGGACCUCGCUUUGUGCACGGGGUUAUUGUCAUGCUGAAACAGGAAUGUGCCUUCACCAAAAUGUUGCCACAAAGUUGGAAGCACAGAAUCGUCUAGAAUGUCAUUGUAUGCUGUAGCAUUAAAAUUUCCCACAGUUGUGUCAAGUUGGCUGGGUGUCCUUUAGGUGGUGGACCAUUCUUGAUACACAUGGGAGACUGUUGAGUGUGAAAAACCCAGCAGCGUUGCAAUUCUCAACACAAACCAGUGUGCCUGGCACCUACUACCAUACCCCGUUCAAAGGCACUUAAAUAUUUUGUCUUGCCUUUUCACCCUCUGAAUGGCACACAUACACAAUCCAUGUCUCAAUUGCCUCAAGGAUGAAACAAAAUCCUUCUUUAACCUGUCUCCUCCCCUUCAUCUACACUGAUUUAACAAGUUACAUCAAUAAGGAAUCAUAGCAUUCACCUGGUCAGUCUGUCAUGGAAAGAGCAGGUAUUUAUAAUGUUUUGUACACUCAGGCUAUAUCGCAACCAUUUUGUUGAAUAAAGCUAAAGUGAUACCUGAAAAUGCAGGAGGAAAAUAGUCAACAAUAGUUCCUGUACUAGACCAUUGUAGCAGGUAAAGAUGAAACUGGCUACCUGGCUACCUGGCUCAAACGAUGCUUGUCUAACAUCUCAUUCCAAAAUCAUGGGCAUUAAAAUGGAGUUGGUCCCACCUUUGUUGCUAUAACAGCUUACUUUUGGCCAUGUAGUGUAGCUAGAUAAAAGUAGUACAUUUGGCUGAUGUAGUAGCCUAUGUGUGAUUUAGAUGUAAUGCUUAGAACACCAGCAGGCAAUACUUUAAAAAAAAAUGCUUGAUAUGACCUAAACUUUUUUGUUACAGAAAACGAAUAUGUAUUACAUUUUUGUUAAUGUAUAAAUAUUUAUACUGUAAUUUAUGAAUAUGGUUUUAUACAAUAUAAGAGUGACUGUGUGUGUUCUUUGACAUGAUUCCAUUGCAUUAUCACCAUCAACAUUCUUUCCACAAACAGAACGUAGAAGGCGUGAUGGAGUGUUGUACAUUUUCAAGGGCCAAGACCCAUGCACUAAUUGUGCUUUCAAGACAAUCAGAGCUCUAGAAAGAUACCAGAGAGUCGGAUGACCAUUCAAAACGAAUUUUCCCAGUCGGAGCUCGUUUUUUUCAUCGUUUCCAGUUGUCGUGAACUAAUGCAUUGUUCAAAACAACUGAGAACUCGGAACUGGGAACUCGGUCAUUUCCGACUUCCACUUCAGUUGCAACACUGAAGUCGAAAAUAUGACAUUUCCGAGUUCUCAGUUGAUUUGAACAAGGCAUAAUGAUUCUUCAUCCUUUGACCACAUAUACCGCAAUUUGUCAGUGGAUGACACGUCCGAUGAUUUGACACGCAACCAUUGGUUGUUGCGUCUCCUCGCCUAGCUAUGGAACGAACUCCCAAAUUCCAUGUUUUAUUAUGAGUUUCUUAUUUUUAAUUGAGAAAUUUUAAAUAAACUAUGAGAGGUCAGGUUUAUUCUGUAUGAAGAGCAUAAAAUAUGUCACAUAAUUAUUUUGUGUAUUCAGAACUCGUGUAUCCUAUCAGAGACAGGUAUUUUCUCUCUUUCUGUUUGAAUUAUUACCUUGCUACCAAGCCAUCAAAAGCAAAAAUAACGUAUCCGCAACGAGGUUUAAAAAUAUUGUGGUGUUCCUUUAAUAAAUUAACGGUGCAUUGUGGGAUGUAAAAUGGCUCCAUGGUGUUGUCAGCAAACUAGCCAACCAGUCAACUCUUACAGCCAUAACGUUACAUUUACAAAUAACUACCGUCGAUGAAGCAUUGCUAUUAAUUGCUGAAUAGUAGUAUAGAGAAUAUAGCUUUGAGAAUCAACAACUUUUAUUGCAUUCACCUCUUUUUUCGUCGAGACAACAGCCACCAUGUCUGCCAACUUAGACAAAGUGAGAAGUCAGUCCAGCACAAGAAGAGAUGAUAGAAGAAGUACUGAGUCCUCCACAAGAAGAGAUGACAUUAGAAGAGAUGACAAAAGAUGUACAGAGACUGCCAGAAGAAGAGAUGACCGAAGAAGUACUGAGACUGCCAGAAGAAGAUAUGACCGAAGAAGUACUGAGACUGCCACAAGAAGAGAUGACCGAAGAAGUACUGAGACCGCCAUAGGAAGAGAUGACAGAAGAACAACAAGUACAGGUAA